AUGGAUUAUUCGGGCUACAACUACCAGCAGCAAUCGCAACAACAUUCAUAUGGCUACGACCCUUCUCAGAUCCAAAUCCAACCCUACGAUCAAUCCUAUGCGUAUCAACAAUACUACGGUUACAAUCCCCAAUACUAUUUUCCUAACACACAUCAAAGCCAGUAUCAAUUCCAACCCGAACCCGCUCCGCUUCACCCUCCCGGCGUCAACCCCACCGCUCCCGAACCCGCCCCGAGUGGGCCAUCUCAAUACAGAAGUAGGGGUGGCAGGGGUGGUAGACCAUUUAGAGGGGCUGGUCGUGGUCGGGGUCAUGGUAGGGGGGGUGGUAGACACAUACCAUCUCAUUCUUCUGGAGCUGCUAUUUCUCAUGCGGCAGGUGGGCCUGUUGCUGCCGGGACUGCUUCCAUGAUAGAACCUUCAUCAUCAGUCUCUGCGCCAACACAAUUACCUAAACCAGCUCGAGUGCAACCACCACUACCUCGCAAGGUGUGUUGUGAAAUUUGUAAGGUUGAGUGCAAUACUCCUGAAAUCUUUGAGCAACACAAGAAUGGGAAGAAACAUCAGAAGAAUAUUCGCGUUCAUGAAGAAUUGCAAAGGCGCAAUGCUCUAAAUGGACAACAGAGUGGGCAAAUUCCUCCCUCUCAGUUGAAUUUAACAGAUCAACCUAAGCAAGUUCAGGAGUCUGAGAAAAAUGGAUGUCCCACGCAAAAUAUGGGCUCUGGGGUUACAGUUAAUAAUCACAAGGAGGAGGAAACUCAGCUGCAGAAUAAUGUGGGAAACAUUUCUGAGGUUCCAGCUGAAGUACCUGAGGCAAGAAACAUGGAUAACUCUGCUGCAAGAGGCCGAGGUUUAAAGCGAAAGAAGAAAGGAGGAAAAGGAGGUAAAUACAUGAGAACCAAUGAUGGUUUAAAGCCAGUGGAAUCUUCACAAAAUGUGUCUUUUAGAUGCGAGUUGUGUGAUGUUAAAUGUGAGUCACAAAUUGUUUACCAGAGUCAUGUGACUGGGAAAAAGCAUUUAUCAAAACUAAGGCGUGCUCAUGAUCCCCAAGCUUCAUCUGGAGUAGGCCAGCAGCAUGCUCUGUCUGGAGCACUCUUGGGACUUCACGCACUUUACCCAACUGACAUCAAUGCUCUGUCCGAUGCAAUCAAUGCUCAAGUACAGCAAGGUGAUAAUGAUCCACAAGUACUUUUGGCUCAGCUCCUGAUGACUGUACUGUCUCAGGCACAAGUUACAGCAGCAGCACAAGUGCCAGGUGCUAUGGCUCCUCAGAUACCUGCUUCCAUGUCUAUGGCUGGACCAAGUUGUGAACCCCAGUUAUUGCAGACGCAAGUAUCAGAAAUCACAGCACAUGCUAAUUUGGAAAAUCCUUCUGUGGAAACAGGGGAAACAAAAACUGAGCUGUUACCUGUCCCACUGGGAUCAAAAGCUCAGCAAGGUUCAAGUGUCAGCACUCAAAUUGAAGAUGGAGGUUCCGAAACUCAACAACAGGUGUAA